UAAUGUAUUCAUGUUGGGAAACAAACGCGAGCGACAGCUAAUUGAAGAGCGCAGUAGGCGGGAGUUGGGGUUUUGUUUUUAAUUAGCUGGGUCUAGCUAACUAAAGAGGGAGGCUGGCAGUGUAAUCAAUGGUUACCAUAACGGACAUAACACUCCACACCCUUUAAAAGGUAUUUCCUCCUGAGUAAAAGAUGUCUAAACGCCUGCGAAACACCGACGUCUGCGCAGAUUGCAAUGUUCCAGAACCUCGCUGGGCAUCGGUGAACAGGGGUGUAGUGAUUUGCGACGAAUGCUGCAGUGUUCAUCGAAGUCUGGGCCGACACAGCUCCCAAGUCCGUCACCUGACGCAUACGCCAUGGCCCCCUUCACAGCUGCAGAUGGUUCAGACCUUAUACAACAAUGGUGCAAAUUCAAUAUGGGAGCACUCCCUUCUGGACCCGGCAUCUAUGAUGAGUGGGAAACGCAAGGCCAACCCUCAGGAUAAGCUUCACCCAAACAAAUCAGAGUUUAUAAGAGCCAAAUAUCAAAUGCUGGCAUUUGUCCAUCGCAUGCCUUGCCGAGAGGAUGACAGCUCUACAGCGAAGGACUUAAGUAAGCAACUUCACUCGAGCGUACGCACCGGUAAUCUCGAGACUUGUUUAAGGUUGCUGUCUCUGGGAGCGCAAGCAAAUUUUUUUCACCCUGAAAAGGGAAACACUCCUUUGCAUAUAGCUGCAAAGGCAGGGCAAGCAUCUCAGGUUGAACUGUUAACUGUUUAUGGGGCAGAUCCUGGAGCUCCUGACAGCAAUGGCAAAACUCCUGUUGAUUAUGCAAAAGAAGCUGGCCACCAUGACCUGGCAGAUAGGCUGGUGGAGAUUCAGUAUGAGCUCACAGAUCGACUGGCGUUUUACUUAUGUGGGAGAAAACCAGAUCAUAAAAAUGGUCAGCAUUUCAUUGUUCCCCAAAUGGCUGACAGCAGUGUAGAUUUAUCUGAGCUUGCAAAAGCAGCGAAGAGGAAACUGCAGUCUCUCAGUAAUCAUUUAUUUGAGGAGCUGGCCAUGGACGUGUAUGAUGAAGUGGACAGACGAGAGACUGACGCAGUGUGGUUGGCCACACAGAAUCACAGCGCCCUGGUCACAGAGACAACUGUUGUUCCUUUCCUUCCUGUGAAUCCAGAAUAUUCGUCAACACGGAAUCAGGGACGCCAGAAGCUUGCAAGAUUUAAUGCACAUGAAUUUGCAACUCUGGUCAUCGACAUAUUAAGCGAUGCUAAGCGCAGACAACAAGGGAAUUCUGGAGUCAGCCCCAAAGACAAUGUAGAACUUAUCAUGAAAGGCGUGGCUGUCAGACACUUCAGUGACAACCAGGACAACGACCAGCCUGACUAUGAUAGUGUGGCAUCUGAUGAGGAUACAGAUCAGGAACUCCCCUCGAGCAAAGGAGAUAGGACCAAGAGCUUGGACUCUGACCUUUCUGACGGUCCUAUAUCUAUGCAAGAAUACGUUGAGGUGAAAAAUGCGCUCUCUGCCUCUGAAGCCAAGAUCCAGCAGCUCAUGAAAGCCAACAACAAUCUGAGCGAAGAGCUGAGACUGAUGCAGCAAAAGCUGCAAUCUCUGCAAAGCGAGAACAUCUGUCUCAGGCGGCAGGUCACAACCAAUAUCUAUCAGACCCCCAGCAGUACAGACCACCCUGACCCCUCAGCCCUGAAACGCCGGCAGUCUGCGCGGGCCAGUCGGCCCAUGUCUAUGUAUGAGACCGGCUCAGGCCUGAAGCCAUAUCUCCCCAAAGGGGAAACUCACUACCCAGAGGAAGCUAUCCCCACCCUCCAAUCCUUCCCACCUCAUACAGAAAGGGGCACUUUUGUGACCACAUCUUCAUCCCUCCCUUCAUUUCCAUCCACCCUGUCUUGGUCGAAGGAGGACGGUUCUCAAAAGGCCUCAAAGUUGGAGAAGCAAAGCAGCAUGCCAGAAAGUGACUAUGACAACACAUUCAUCGAACCUGAGAUGGAUGACUCGGGUAUGGGCAGAAGAGGGAGGCUGAGGAGCAGUGGCUGGCUGGGAGAGGGCAUGUCUAUUCCUGAACUGGAUGAUCUGGACAUGGAAACGGACCCUGCGCUUCCCAGCACAGAAGACGUCAUCCGUAAAACCGAGCAGAUCACCAAGAACAUUCAGGAACUCCUGCGAGGUGCACAGGAGAAUAAACACGACAGCUUCAUACCCUGCUCAGAAAGAAUACACGUGGCUGUAACAGAAAUGGCUGCUCUCUUUCCCAAGAAGCCUCGCUCAGAGAUGGUGAGAGGCUCUCUGCGCUUGUUGACCUCCAGUGCGUGCCGCCUUCAGACCGAGUGCCGGAAGGCCGUGCCAUCGGAAGGCUGCCCAGGACCGGACAUGCAGCUUGUCACCCAGCAGGUCAUCCAAUGUGCUUAUGACAUCGCCAAAGCUGCCAAGCAGCUUGUCACCAUCACAACAAAGGAGAAUACCAACUAAACAGCACUUAAACGGCUGCAAAGUAGACUACAUCUCAAUUUUGUUUUUAUAUAUACUUUAUCUAUUUUUUCUCUCCAUUAUGUUGUUGUUUUUUGUGGUGUAUGCAUGCAUUGUUUUAUUUUUGUAUUUAUAAAUGAUGUAAACAAUAUUUGAACGCAAUUUGGGUGUCAAGGGAGUCAGACACUUUUCUUGGGGACAUCCACCUGUGGUAGUAGCACAAUUUCUCUUGAAGUAAAAUAAUAUAUUCCAGCUGGUGAGCUCUGUUAUAAGUACAGUAGCAACAAAAUAUCUCAAGUCAGUCCAUAGUGUUAAUAACUUGCACUGAGAAGAUGAAUUAAGCACAAUAGGAUGGCAAUGUUUAUCAGUCCAAACUACACAUGGAUGCUAAAAAACAACAUGCAAUGUCAAUACUGUACUAUAAACACUAUUGUUGCUAAAGGAGCUUCCUCUCAUGUAUUGCACUACAAAAAUCACACCAUGAAGAUUGAUGGAGUUAUUGUUCUUACACACUGCUAAUGUUUGUUGCGUUGAAAAUGCUAUUUAUAUGGUCUGUCCCCUUGCUCAAGAGUAACCCUGCCUGCAGUGCACUUAUUGCAGCUGUUAAAGUAUUCCCAUUCUCCAAGUUGGUGAACGCAAGUAGUAAUUAUUCAUACACCAAGCUGAAUUUGUCACGUGCACCAAGAUAUUGUAGCUUUGAGUUCUAGUAAUAUGGGGUGUUUCUAACAGGCUACACACUGCACUGUUGUAUACUGCAGCCAUUUCACUGUUGGUGGUCAUUUAGAGCUAAUAUCCAUAUUUUUAGUCUGUGCGUCUGUGUUGUGUGCUGUUCCAUUGCUGCUAGUUUUUGUAUUUAAUGUGCAACAUAUGGGAUAUAAAUCUAAAUGUUUCCUGUAUUAUUGAGCAACUCACCUGUGUUCAUUUUCAAAUCUGAUCAGGGCAAUGUCCCUCUUUGUGCUCAACUGAGGUGCUGGGAUGUAUGUGAUGCAGCUGUUCAGCUGCACUUGAGAAGAUAGUUAUUUUCUAAAUAAACUUAA